GUUUCUACAUCUAGAAUCUAGAGUCUAGAUCUAGACUAGAUUUAGGUCUAGUCCUACAUAUCUAUAUUUAUAUAGAUUCCAUAAUAUAUUAGAUCUAGACUCUAGAAAUAAGAUCUAGAUCUAGAAUAUAUACAAAAUGGUAGACUCUAUUAACUCUAUGACUCUAUGCAUGGUAUCAUCUGAUCUUUCAGUGACGGACUGAGGAUGAGUGAUAGUGAGUGACUGCUACAAGCAUGGAUUUGGAGUCCAAGUUGAUUUUAUCAUUCAACCCUUGCUUUCGACAUUUUAUUCAAUAUUUACUCGACAAGAGCAGUGAUCUUUCUUUUAUGAAUGAUCCGCUUAAAAUUGUAGAUGCAUGCUCUGGGUCACAGAGUCUAACCAUGACUGAAAGUGCUGACCGAUUGAAACUAAGAAUACCGUAUGCUCAACAAGUUCUUACAUGGGAAGUAAUAUUUGAUGUUAACAAUUGGAAAGAGCCUCCAGAUUUUAUCUUUGAUGAUGCAGAUGAUUUUUAUCCCCCUUUAGACAAAAUAAAUAGUUUUAUAUUGUGGGAUUGGAAGAACCAAGAGAGUUUAGCAGCUGUUGUAGCCGAACUACUGGAGCUUUAUAAAGAACACCACCUGGAGAGAGCGGGUACAAAUAUAAAUCUUCAAAGACAUUUUCGGUCACUAUUGGCCGAAAGUCCUAGAGACUUGCAGGUCAUUGUCAACAAAAAUGAGAAAGGUCUAAGUACUGUGAAUGUACUUGUUAAGCUGGAAGUCACCUUUGAGUCUUUGCCUCCAUAUUUACAGCAGGGCAAGCCAGGACCCCACUCUGCAGUAUUACAUGCAUACCUGUCUAAUCCUGAUGCAUCUUAUAUUAAAACUCAACUCUUUUUGUCACCAGCUGUUGAAAAUGCAUUUGGUGGUCCAACCAGUUUACACAUUCCAGCCUUUCAACAGGGAGUUCUGUUGGGGGAGUACCUUGUAUUAAUCAAACAGCUUUUAAUGAACCAGAUAUUAUUAGUGACCAAAUAUUAUGAAAAGAGAAAAGAUUUCAUUCUGGCAUUUGUGAAUCAUUUUGGAAAGUCUGUGUUGGAAUAUGAUGUUGAAGCAUUCAAUAAAAUUGUACUUUUGUUUGAAUGGAAUGACUUUUUCUUCACCUUCACAGUGGAACUCCCCUUCCAUUUUCCUGACGACCGACCCACAUUUUUCUUCAAAUCCAUUUAUCACAACCAGAACAAGAAACCUUACACUGAGAAACACACUCACUUCCCCUACAGUCCGCGUUGGAGUGGGAAUGAAAUGGCCAAGAGAACCAGUGACUUUAUUCUUUCUCACAUCAAAGCGUUCCAGAUGGCUUCGGUGAAUAACUCUGACAGAUGAUGUCUAAUCAACAAUUAGUCUCCAUUCCUUGCUGUGCCAAAUAUUUAACUAUCCAGUCAAUGACAACUAUCAACUACGAGUGGUGUAUUUCCAUUUGUAUUCAUUUAUACUACAACUGCUACACUGGAUGAAAUGUUGUUUUGAUUUGCUAUUAAUCUUUUAAAGAGGUUAGAGUGCAGCUCUGUAUUAUAAUGUGUGCCGCCAAGUUGUCUUUCUUAUUCACUUGUACAAAAUUCAAAUGGAUGAAAAGAAACAUGGUAUCUUUGGAUAUUUUGUGUAUUUUUGUAUGUUUUCACACCACUAAUUUUUCGUUUCCAUAUCGGCUAGCGGUAGUUAAGUUUCAUAGCGAAAAUUCUCUUUAAUACGUCAGACCAACAUUAGUUUAAUUUCAUGGGUCUGCCUCAUUAGCAAUGAAGUAAAUCAUUAGGUUAAAUUAGCAAUAGUUAAAAAAAAACAACAACAAAGCCCUCAAUAUCUUUGAUUGUCACUAUGGGCUGUGGUGUUGCUAAACUCUUCUGCCAUGCUUCACAGUAUUGCGGUUUUUGCUAGUAUUAUUAUUAUUAUAGCUUAUAUAUAGCGCUACUUUCAUGCUUAUAGCAUGCUCAGAGCGCUUUUGGUCCAAUCUCAUUUGUGGACCAGUGGGGGGGAGGGGGUAUCUAGGAGUUGGUUUUCUGUGCUGCCUUUAGGCGCUCAGUAAACACAACUCUGCCUGAGUCGGGUGUCGAACCUCGAGCCCCCUUCUAGGUAGCCAAGUUCAAGCGCACUUAGCCUCUCGACCAUGCUUCCCGUAUAAUAAAUGAAGUCUUUAAAACUGGUUAAUGGACCAGAAUGGAUUGUUUGCUUGCUGGUUCGGACAUCUGCAUCUGUUCCUCCGAGGUUGUCCCACUCUUCUAGCAUCUUGUUACAGAAUGUGCUCAGUUUGUCAUAGGAUGCUUUUAUAUUGAACACCUUAUUUCAUUCACUUGGUGUGUGAUGUCUGCUAUGUUAUAUUUAGCUUGCUUCUGUUGUAAAGCCAGGACAUUUCAAGAACUUUUCUAAGUCAGCUCAAAUCGUAUACCGGUAUAUAUUUAUAGAUAAUAGAUUGAUAUAUACACUCUACAUGUUAAUUAUGUUAUGUGGUCUAGAAGUCCAGUUGUUAGCUUGAUUUUAAACUGUAAUGAAACGAAAUCCAAAACUGUUGUACAAAGGUGAAACACAAGUUGAUAUUGAAAAUGAAAAACUAUUGAAUCUGCUUGUAGGGCUCACAAAAGUCAUUAAGUGCAUUUUUUCUUUAUAGGAACGUUCUGCUUCUGCUUAACUUUCUCUCCCCCCCCCCCCCCCCCCCCCAAUUAAGUCACAUUAAUACAUUUGAGAUCUUAGUAACUUCUACUGCAAUUAGAGAAAUAGACCCACCUGAUGUAUUAAAGGAAUUUGGAUUUAUUCUCAUGAUUUUGUCUUGUAGUGAUUCAGUAGCAUGAUAGUAUCUUAGAAAUUGAGAAGGAUGACUGAGUUUAGAUGUUUCAUUUAGAUUUUUAUUCAUUGCUGUUGGAAACAAUAAAUUGCUGAAUGCUUUGCCCUUAGCCUCCUGCAUACAUGAAUGACUCCAAUGCUUCUACUUUUUACUUUCUUGACAUAUAUUUGGUAUUGAAUUGUUGCUGAGAUCAUGUGUGACACUUUCUUGCUUGCAGCUGGGAUUGGAAUGGAGAUGUAAAGGAUUUGGUGAAAGAACUAAACACAUCUUUUUUUUUUAUUGAAGAACUAUACAGAUGAUACAAUUAUUUACUUAGUAAUGUGAAGUCAAUGUAUUACGUCUGUGUGUGUGUGUGUAUAUAUGGUCUUGAUGAAGCAAGCACUUUUUUGUUUGCCUUGAUGUAUAAGUGAACAUUUAGUCCAGAGUGUCUUUAGUAUAUAAUAGAUGUGUAUCUGUAUAAGAAAGUCAAUUCUAUUUAUUAAGAAGCGAGAUAAAAGUUUUAUUAUAUAUGAUAAAAUUCUAUUUAGUAUAUACAAUAUAAAAAUAAAUGAAAAUAUUCAUAUAUGACUACACCUAAAUGAAAACAUCCAUGGAUGAUAACAUUUACAUGACAAACAAUUGUACAAAUAGUGAACAUAACACAUAUAACCUCUGCAUGAUCUAUGUACAGCUUUAAAGUGAAUGAAGGAAUAAUCACAAUUACAUUUUUUAGUCUAAUAGAAGAGAUAUAGAUGAAAUUUAUUUGUUUUGCAGGAAUGUCUGUAAACUAAAUUAUACAAUCUCAAACAAAGACAUGGGCACGAGAGUUGUCUUUUAUUUUGUUCUAUUUAUCACAUUACUGUACAUUUAGUAAGGCAUGAAGGUCUUAUUGCUGGUACAUAUAUAUGUACAUGUAUGUAUGUGUGGGUGAUGGAAGUUUAGAAAAGACCACAUAGUGUUUUAUAAAAAAAAUGUUUUUCUCACAAUUUUGUUUCCAAUAAUAUACAUGGGGGCUAAAUAUUCACCUUUCUUGAUAUAUUUUUUUAGUUCCUGUUUUUUUUUUUAUCUUCAAUUCUAUAUUUAUCCACUUCACACCAUCUUUAAUAAAUGUCAUGGUGGAGUAGUGCUAGUUUAAAAAUGGUCACAGUACCUCUAAAUGACUACAUAUUUUUGUAAAAACUACCUGUAUAUAAUCGUGAUCCUUAGUAUUCUCCCUUGUUUUUUCCUAAAAUUCAAUACAGAAAGAUACAUUAUUAAUUUGGUUUGAACAAUGUGCAUGCAAGCUCUAGAAGAUGGUAGGGAGUAUGCCUAUAAUGUUCUUGACUAGAACACUCUUUGAAAUAUGAAUGUUGGUAUCAUUAGAUACAAUUGUAAUAAAGUGACACUAAUAGACUACAUGUUUUUUUUUAACUGAAUGUAUUAUGUAGACAAUUUGUUUCAAUUUAAUUGCUACCUGUUUGUUAGAAAUCACAUGUACUUAAAAAAAAUGUUUUUACUUGACUAUAACCUGAUACUGUACUUAAAUCAAUGUUGAUCUCAGAGACCACUCUUUAGACAUAUUUCUAAUUCAAGGAAAGAUAAUUCUGCAUCUCUCAUCUCAUUUUAUCCUUCAACACAGAGUUGUGGGCCAUUGUUACACACUUGUGGGCUAUCUUCACAAAGUUGUUGGCCCCUAAUUUAGGAGUUUUUAUGUUUAAAAAAAAAUUCAAAAAAGAUGCCAGGGUUUGUACUUAUAAUUUUUGUUUCCUUAAUUGCUACUUUAAAAAAAAAGUUUUUAGUUGUGUUAAUAUUCAUACUUGUCAUUGGAAUGAAUGUUAAUAUUCCAUUGUGUAGUUUUAUUAUUGAUACUUAGACUCCUAUAAUUUGCAUUACUAUGCAAGCUGUGAAGUUAUACAUGUAUCUAGGCUAGUGAUGACCUUGACAAAGAAAUGUUAUUUUAAAAGUGUUGGUAAUCCAUGUGUACAGUAUAACUCUUCAAAAUGGAUGUUUGUGCUCCAUGGUUUGAUGUCUAUAAUUCAGUGAGAAUGACUGAAUAUUUAAAAAAUAAAUGUGUAAAUAGCUUAAGAAUGACAAAUCAGUUUGAAGAUCUAACUAGAAUGCUACAACAAUUGUAAUUAUAAUGUCCAGUUUUGUUACUUCAUGAGCUUCAAUUGAAUGUUGUGUUGAGUACAUUGAAUUGGUCUCUUAAAUUUGUUUAUUAAAAGUUUUGUGUUCAAACUGGUAA